UGCUGUCUGCUGUCUGCUGUCUGCCGUUCUUGUUGCUGUUGCUGCAGAGAUAUAGAAACUCACCAUGUAUACGCGGUGAAGGUUGAAUCCCCCGAGUAAUUUAGCUCCUCACGAGAUGUCGUCGGGACUGCACUCCUGCCUGUUGUUGGCACGUGUGUAACAGGUUACCCCGCGGUCUUGCUGGCUCAGAGGGGGGCCGCGCAGAGAUGGUGGAGUUUGACCGUUGAGAGACCUGGCCCGGACCCCCUCAAUCUUGAGAUCAGGUCCCACAAGAGUGGGCAUUGUUCUUGCCAUCCACCUUCUUAUACGUACAUUGCGUGUUUGAGAUGGGGCACCGGAGCGCAGUUAGAAUUUGUACAACCCCUCCCCUUCGCGCUUGCGUAUGUGUGUGUAAUGUGCCUUGUCAGUGCUUGCCAAGCUGUUUCUCAUGUGUUGGUUGCAAAUGCCCCGGGGCAUGCAAUACUACAACAGAACGUACUUACCUCAGCGUACUGCAGCAGUAUGUAAUGUGCAGGCAGGUGACGACACAGUUGCAGACCGGCAUGGUGCAGGGAGAGCUGGCCUUGGCUGCAGGACAAGCGAGCCCAAAGGCCGCGUGCUAAGUGCUUACAGGCACAUUUAUCAGCCAGCAACGAGGCUGCAGGGCUCGGGGUGCGAAGCUG